AUGUCUGCUUUCAAAAUUAAUGCAAUUCCCACCACGCCUUUCGGCGACCAAAAGCCUGGCACAAGCGGUCUAAGGAAGCGUGUCAAAGUCUUUCAGCAGGAGAAUUACACACAUAAUUUUAUUCAAGCCACUUUGAAUGCAAUGACCUCUCCAUGUGCGGAGGGCUCUACUCUGGUUGUUGGAGGUGACGGAAGGUAUUUCUCGAAGGAAGCCAUACAAAUAAUUAUUCGUGUCGCAGCUGGUAAUAAAGUUUCCAAAUUGAUUAUCGGAAAAGAUGGAAUUCUUUCCACUCCCGCUGCCUCAAAUAUUAUCCGCAAGCGUAAAGCCGAUGGCGGCAUACUUCUCACUGCUUCGCACAACCCAGGAGGUCCGGAAAAUGAUUUUGGUAUAAAGUUCAACGUAAGCAAUGGAGGUCCUGCCCCGGAGAACGUCACCAAUUCAAUUUACGAGCAUUCCAAAAAUAUUAAACAAGUCUUUGUCGGAGAAGUACCCGAGAUCGAUCUAUCGACAAUUGGAGUUCAGACAUUUGAAGGGUUUACAGUGGAAAUCGUGGACUCUGUACAUGAUUAUGCUAUUUUACUAAAGGAAAUUUUUGAUUUUGAGUUGAUCAAGAGUUUCUUUGCAAAAAAUCCUAAUUACAAAGUACUUUUCGACGGUUUACAUGGAGUAACGGGUCCUUAUAGCGAACGUAUUUUUGUUGAGGAACUCGGUCUUCCACGGUCAUCAAUCCAAAAUUGUGUUCCACUGCCAGAUUUUGGUGGCGGUCAUCCUGACCCUAACCUUACUUAUGCCCAUAGUCUUGUUGAGCGUGUCGAAAAGGAAAAUAUUAAUUUUGGUGCAGCAUCUGACGGUGAUGGCGAUCGUAACAUGAUUUAUGGGAAAGGUGCUUUUGUUACACCAUCAGAUUCAGUGGCAAUAAUCGCAGCACACGCUGAAGUGAUUCCAUACUUUCAAAAGACUGGUGUUAAAGGUUUAGCACGUAGUAUGCCAACGAGUGCAGCAAUCGAUCUAGUGGCCAAAAAGAAAGGACUCGAGAUAUUUGAAGUUCCCACCGGGUGGAAAUUCUUUGGUAAUCUUAUGGAUGCUGGUAGAUUGUCAAUUUGUGGUGAAGAAAGUUUUGGGACUGGAUCCGAUCACAUUCGCGAGAAAGACGGCAUAUGGGCAGUUGUUGCCUGGCUCAAUAUUAUCGCCGCGGCAAAUGAAAAAAAACCGGGCUUCGGUAUUAGAGAUAUUCUUCUCGAACAUUAUCACACAUAUGGACGAAACUUUUUUUCAAGGUAUGAUUAUGAAGAAGUUAAUGGUGACGGUGCAAACAAAAUGAUCACACAUCUUCGUCAUUUGGUUGGUCCGGGCAAGAGUGAAUUCGUUGGGAAAACUUUUGGCCAAUUCACAAUUUCAAGUGCUGAUGAUUUCGAAUACCACGAUCCAAUUGAUAAUAGCGUGUCCAAGAAUCAGGGUAUUCGUAUAAUCUUUACAGACGGUUCAAGAAUUGUUAUUCGCCUUAGUGGCACUGGAAGUCAAGGUGCCACGGUUCGUCUAUAUGUAGAGAAAUAUUCACAAAAUGUAUCUGAAUACGAAUCAGAUACUCAGGAAGCUUUGAAACCACUGAUCGAUGUUGCAUUGGAAAUCUCGAAGCUUCAGCAAUUCACUGGAAGAGAAAAACCAACUGUUAUUACAUAA